CACGCUGCUGGCAUCAGUUGUCGUUGUCCCAUAGCUGCAAAGCGCAACGCGGUCCCAGCCAAACGACUAGAGUCAAAAGGUCCAGAGAGUCCAGUGCUUCGGGAGUGUCCUGUCCGGGGAGACCACUCGCUCGUAAACACUAAGCCACACCACACCACACCACACCACAAAAGUUAUGUGUGGUCCCAGUUAUUGCACUCUGCUGCUAAUCGCGGCAUCCUGUUACGUCCUCGUGGUCUGCAGUCAGGCCAAGGCCUUGCAGGGCACGAGCAAACUGGAUUUGGCAAAUCACAUCAGGGCAGGCUCUGCCAGAGGAUCAUCAUCAUCAACUUCAGCGGCGGCGGCGGCUUCCGUGAGUGAAGCCCGUCAGAAACGCGCCAUGGGCGAAUACAAAGAGCUGACCGACAUCAUUGAUGAGCUGGAGGAGAAUAGCCUGGCCCAGAAAGCGAGUGCCACUAUACCAAUGGCCGCCGUGCCGACGCAGGGCCAGGAAUUCGAUUUGGACAGCAUGCCGCCACUGACCUACUACCUGCUGCUGCAGAAGCUGCGACAGUUGCAGAGCAGUGGUGAGCCCGCUUAUCGCGUGCGGACGCCGCGCCUUGGCCGCAGCAUUGACUUUCAGCGGCUCCUGGACGCCGAGGGAGCGGGCAUGGGAAUGGCGGGCAGCGAGGAGGCCACUGGCGGCCAGUUCAUGCAGCGCAUGAUAAAGAAAUCGGUGCCGUUCAAGCCCCGCCUCGGCAAACGUGCUCAAGUGUGCGGCGGCGAUUGAGUCACGACAGCGACAACGACAACGACAAGGACGCGACGACAUGGCACGGAAAACGGAAACCGGACGGAGGACGAUCCCAGGACAAGGUUGAGGCCAGGCAACUGGCCCUCUAGCUAACUUAACCCCCUUAAUGGCCAGCUGAAUUCGACGCGACGCAAAAAUAAUCCACAUAUGCAUAGUGAAUGACUUGUAACCAGCGCUAUAACCCUGUUUUGAGAGGAACUAAUGAUUUGUAUAUAUAGUACAUGUAUUUAUUAUUAAUUUGAAUAAAGUGCAGCCCCCAAAAGUUUUGUUUACUCGCGACGCGACGAAUUUGCAAACCAAAUGAGCCGGGAAUUAAAUAAACAAUGUAAUUUCAUUUACGAUUCCAACGCUGA